GAACGAUAUUUUGUGACAUUUAUUUGGGAAAACAUAUUCCGACCAGUUUCAGGUAACUUUGCAGAUCAUUGGAAAUAUUUGACUCUGUUAGUACCGGUUUCAGACAAGUUAUCGUUUGUUUUAAUAUCGAGUGUACCAAAGGGCGGAGCUCUCCUCAACACAUCUGGGAACGAAGUCAUUUAACUCCUGUGCGAGAAUCGAAUAUGGCGUCGCCGGUGUGUAGUCGAAUAGCAGUCAUCGUAUUAUUUUUGGCCUUCAUAGUUAUCGACUCCGGAGCCGAGCUUCCCUUGAAGCGUUUUGAAUAUAAGUUUAGUUUUAAGGGACCUCAUAUGGCACAGAAAGAUGGUAGUGUGCCAUUCUUUGAAUUUGGCGGAAGCGCCUUAGCCAGUGAAGAUCAGAUUCGUGUCACACCAUCACUGAGAAGCAAAAGAGGUUACGUAUGGACUAAAAAUGUAGUUCCUUUUCCACAUUGGGAAGUAGAGCUUAUAUUUAGAGUGUCCGGAAGGGGUAGAGUUGGCGCUGAUGGACUGGCAUUUUGGUAUAGAACAGAUAAAGGCAGAGAAGGUCCUGUAUAUGGUAGUACUGAUAGAUGGAAUGGUCUUGGUGUCUUCUUUGAUUCCUUUGAUAAUGACAAUCAGAGAAAUAAUCCUUUUAUCUUAACAAUGCUUAAUGAUGGCUCCAAAAACUAUGACCAUAACUCUGAUGGCCAGACACAACAACUUGGUGGAUGUUUGCGAGAUUUCAGAAAUAAACCAUACCCAGUCAGAGCCAAAGUUGAAUACUAUAAAAAUACACUAACUUUAUGGUUUAACAAUGGUAUGACUGAAAGUGAUAUGAAUUAUGAGCUAUGCAUGAGAGCAGAAAAUGUCAUUCUACCUGCUAAUGGGUAUUUUGGAAUAUCAGCUGCCACUGGUGGGCUAGCAGAUGACCAUGAUGCUUUGAAGUUACUGACACAUAGUCUUACAGUACCUGCUAGUGAACUGCCCAAACCAGAUGGUCGUAUUACUGAGGAAGAAAGACAAAAAUUCACCAGAGAAUACGACGAGUACUAUGAAAAAUUACAGAAACAGAAAGAAGAAUUCAGAAAACUUCAUCCAGAAAGAGUUGCAGGAAUAGGCGUUGAAGAUUUUGAAGAUCCUAAUGUUCGUGAUUUAAGAUUAAUUUAUGAGGGACAGCAUGGAAUUCACCAAACAAUCAGAGAAUUGAACCGAAAACUAGAUGAAAUUAUUGGGCGUCAGGAGCGUACACUUUCAACUUUAUCAUCUGUUCAAUCUGGUGGUGGAACACAUAUGGGGGGAGGUGGAGGUGGUACACCUCAAAUGAUAGAUACUAUUAAACGCCAUGAAGUAGAUAAUGUACUCAAUACACAGAGAGAAAUAUCACAAAGUGUUAGAGAUAUUAGGUCAAUAGUCAAUGAUGUCCAGCAAAAAACUGGUGCAAUUCACUUGAAUCAAGGCCAGGGUGGCCGAGCAGGAGAUGGACUAGAUUUUAAAUUAUUAGUAAAUGAACUACAAGAUAAUUUAAAAUUAGUGAAAAAAGAUAUAUCAUAUUUAACAAGUAAACCAGAACCUAGACUACCAACCUGUCCAGAUCUGCCAGAAUUACCUAACUGCUUGAGUGCUGGUCAUUUCUAUUUUUUUAUGAUAUUACAAAUCGUAGUUAUUCUAGGAUAUAUUUCAUAUAAACAUAAACAAGAAGUCAAUGCAAAGAAGUUUUUUUAACAUAUAUUUAAAACAAAAACAAAAAACGACAAAAAAACUUUCCAAGUGCAUAUUUUCUAUAAAAAAAACUUUUAUUUAGGGGAAAUAUAUUAUGUAACCGUAUUAACCCUCAAAGUUGCAGAAAGACUGAACAAUCUCUAUAGAAUCCACCCCCCCCCCAAAAAAAGUAGGUACAUAUUUAACUGUCUUGGGCAAGUCCAUAUACUGGUCUCCAGGAACACACUUUAUUGUGUUUGGCGCCCUCAACGUCCAUAUGAAUAAAUUCUUUACAUUACAUAAAAUUUUUUUAUACAUGGUCUCUACCCCCAGACCUGUAUUUUUACCCUCAGUGAAUUGAAAGCCUUGAACUUCAGUAUUACUGCAAUGCAUUAGUCAAGUUUGUUAUAAAACAGCAGUAAUGUGUGCAGAUUUGUGCAUAUCGUAAUGCUUGCAGGCGGUGAUGUUUAAGAAUCCUGCGAUGUGAAAGAAAAAGACAAGCGGGGUUCACAUCAUGAUGUACAUGUAUUUGUUGCAGUGUGACCUUACCAUACAGACAUAAACAAAAAACAAACAUUCCAAAAUUUUGAUUAAUUGUAAAAUGUUUUUGCAAUGUAUAAUGGAAGGGUCGCUUAGGAUACUGUGUAUGAACUUGACUAAAUUUUAAAUUUUUAGGUGUUGUCUUAUUUCGUCUGUGAUCGAGGUGUACAGUUAUUAAUUCUGUCAAAAUGUGUUUUAUUUUAUUCAAUAUGAAAAAAAAAUAAUAUUUUAUUCUAUUUAUUCAAAGAAGGGAAAUUUGAAUAUCCUGUAAUCUGGUACCUUGGUAUCCAGUUGUUACAAGGAUUAGGCUAAUCUUAAUCUUAUCUCAUGAAUUCUCAUUAUCUUGAAUAAACUAUCUAUUCAAUUCAGCAAUAAUCACAUAACUUUCAGGGUUAACAACCCUGGUGUACGAUACUUGUGUUGUUGCUGAAAAAGGCUUGUGAAACUUAAGGGAAUAACAAAUUAUCGGUCAUAAAUACAAGUGUAGUUAAGUUUUAAAUAUACAAAUUUCAUUUACAAAGUUGAUUUGCCAAUUCUUGUUUCAAGAUGAUGUAUUUCCCCAUGAUGCAAUGCACAAAAUGGGAACCUAUUGAAGUUUCACACUUUCCUAUUUGAGAUACUGACAAUUCACAGAAAUAUCCACCAAAGAGUGAUGUAACAUUCUUUAAAAUUAAUUUUACUCAUUCACUAUUAUUACCUUAUAACUUCUGAUCUUUCUAAUGCUGGCUUGAAAUUGGUAAUUUUUGGCCACCCAGUAAUUUUAAGCCAUGCAUGCAUGUUUUUAAGGACUACAAAAUAUCACUUUUGCAUAUGUUAAAUAGUUUUAUUUUUACAUAGUUUAUUGCACUAAGUGGCUAAAAUACAUUACCAGUACUCACAAUACAAAAAUACAGUUUUCAGUGCAAAUGAAUUGAACCUGAAAUAAAGCUUAAUUAAACUCAUCAGGGGAGAACAAAUAUUGGUGAAAAUAUUUCCCUGUUUGUUGAAAAUGUUUCCCUGUAGCUAUUCUUCAAAAUCAGUAAACUGUCCAAAACACAAAUGAUAUUAUGUUCAAACAAGUGCUUCCUAAAACUUGCACUUAUCAAAUUGAAAAAUAAAUAAAUAAUUGAAUUCUUACCAAAAUAUAAUAAAACAAUGGAUGAAUUUUUAGCUUCCCUGUUGACUUUGCUAUUUUCGACUUGUUGAAAACAGUUACCCUAAUUACUUUGAUAUUCUAUAUGUAGUCUUUCUUGUUCAGAUUUCUUACCAAGAUGUAAAAAAAAAAAAUAAUAAAUUUAUCAAAUGUUCAGUGUUUAAGAAGCACUUGUUACUAUAGUAGGGAUCAAUGCAGAAGAGCAGAUUGUACAUAUUUGGCAUUCAAUCAUUCAGAUAAUGAAAUCUUCUGUACUACUGGAAAGUGUGUUUACAUGGCCACUAGUGUAUGUUGAGUUUAAUACCAGUGGGACAUGAAAGGACCAUCAUCUGUUACCGGAGAGGAAUGUUAAGGUGUACUUAACCCAGAUGUCUGGAAACUGCUAAUAAGACAUUGCAACUACUUUCCUUGUUCAUGAGUGUUACUGCCGUGAAGUAUGGUUUCUUGUGGAGACUUCAAUGAAACUUUUGAUCAACAGCACUUUAUACAAAUUGAGUAUGUCUAGACUGAGUCAUGUUGAUUGACGAGAGAAACUUCAAUCGCUUUUGUGAGUCAUUUUAGCUAUUGGAAUAUUCUUUGAGGCAUUCUAAAAACUAUUAUUGAAAAUUAUUGAGAUAACAAAACUGGCUGAAGACUGUUGUUUUUUAUGUCAUUUGUUAUUGAUAUAAUGAAUCAAACAGCUUAAAGAGAUGUAUGAUACCACCUUCUGGGCAGGAUCAGUAAUCUUAUUACUUAACAUGUGGGUGCUUAUAAAUUUAUGAUUUUCCCACUGCUCUGAAUAUCAAAGUGGGGGUUCCUAUUGAUCAAACUGAUGGUUCUCCUAUGGUUCUUGAACAAGAACAAAUUUGAAUAUUGACACUGAUCCAAAUAAAUAUUGGCAAAGUGGGAAUAUACCUUUAUCCGUGUAGUAGGGAAGUGAUUCUCGUAUAAUCUAUUGUAGUAAAAUCCAUCAUGUGUAUGGUCUUGCAACAAGUUUCUAGUCACAAUACAUUCUCUUCAUUAGUAAUGUAACUGCCAAAGAUCUCAAAAUUCAACAGCAUUAUAGUGUUUGUAUGCAUAUGUAAACCUGGGAAUAGUGUCAAAUUUUAAUCUUGCUUUAUGUAAAACAAAAUAAAAAAUUUAAUUGUGAAAUAAAUAUAGUAAUCAUAAAUAA